GGCGGCGGCAGCUGCAAGUUGAGCUGCAGGGGCAGCGCAUACACUACAAUGGCUGCUGGAAAGAGGCGUAAGGAAACAAUUUCCAGGCCCGCCGCGUCCAGCCCGAAAUAUGAGAAAAAAAUUAUUAGAAAUUCCGCGGGCGGUGUAAAGGCGGCGGACGGGCCGGAGGGAGGAUGUUAAAGCCCCGCGGUUGCCUCUCGGUGCUGCUUUGGUGGUAUUGGGCACCCAGAAUGCUUCAUUCUGUGAUGGUCUGUUAAUAAAGUGGCCUUACUAGAGUUUGGAACAGGGCCUCAGUUACUUUACUGUCACUUAUGGGAAACAGCAGUGAAUAAAACUGGCCUGACCCUGCCCUGAGCUGCCUGCAGCUGAUUGUUCAUUCUCUGAAGAUUGGCCAAAAUGGGAAGGGCUGGAUUCUGCUCUCUUCCACGAAGAGUUAAUGGGACUGGCUAAGAGCAAAAUUUGAAGCUUUUUCCACCCUUAAUCAGUCCCUUUUUGCUUUCUUUUACGACCACAUGAAACUUGAGAAGCCACCUAAAGCUAUAUCACUUAGUGGAGUUGGGCAGUUCCCAGGUGUCCAACAAGAAGGCCUGGUUUAGGCUGCGAUGGCCACUGUCAUUCCUGGUGAUUUGUCAGAAGUAAGAGAUACCCAGAAAGCCCCUUCAGGGAAACGUAAGCGUGGUGAAACCAAACCAAGAAAAAACUUCCCUUGCCAACUGUGUGACAAGGCCUUUAACAGUGUUGAGAAAUUAAAGGUUCACUCCUACUCUCACACAGGAGAGAGGCCCUACAAGUGCACACAACAAGACUGCACCAAGGCCUUUGUUUCUAAGUACAAAUUACAAAGGCACAUGGCUACUCACUCUCCUGAGAAAACCCACAAGUGUAAUUAUUGUGAGAAAAUGUUUCACCGGAAAGACCAUCUGAAGAAUCACCUCCAUACACACGACCCCAACAAAGAGACCUUUAAAUGUGAGGAGUGCGGCAAGAGCUACAACACCAAGCUUGGGUUUAAGCGACACUUGGCCUUGCACGCUGCAACCAGUGGUGACCUCACCUGCAAGGUGUGUUUGCAGACUUUUGAAAGCACAGGUGUGCUGCUGGAGCAUCUGAAAUCUCAUGCAGGCAAGUCGUCCGGGGGUGUGAAAGAGAAAAGGCACCAGUGCGAGCACUGCGAGCGCAGGUUCUACACCCGGAAGGAUGUCCGGAGACACAUGGUGGUGCACACAGGAAGAAAGGACUUCCUCUGUCAGUACUGUGCACAGAGGUUUGGACGAAAGGAUCACCUCACUCGACAUAUGAAGAAGAGUCAUAAUCAGGAGCUUCUGAAGGUCAAAACUGAACCGGUAGAUUUCCUGGACCCAUUUACCUGCAACAUGUCUGUGCCUAUAAAAGAUGAGCUCCUGCCGGUCAUGUCCUUACCUUCCGGUGAACUCUUGUCAAAGCCAUUCACAAACACUUUGCAAUUAAACCUCUAUAACACUCCAUUUCAGUCCAUGCAGAGCUCUGGGUCUGCUCACCAAAUGAUAACAACUUUACCUUUGGGAAUGACCUGCCCCCUAGACAUGGAUGCUGUUCACCCCUCCCACCAUCUUGCUUUCAAAUGCCCGUUCAGUUCUACCUCAUAUGCAAUCUCUAUUCCUGAAAAAGAACAGCCGUUAAAGGGGGAAAUUGAGAGUUACCUGAUGGAAUUACAAGGUGGCGCACCCUCUUCAUCCCAGGAUUCUCAAGCAUCGUCAUCUAAGUUAGGGUUAGAUCCUCAGAGUGGGUCCCCAGACGAUGGUGCAGGGGACCUCUCCCUGUCAAAGAGCUCUGUUUCUAUCAGUGACCCCCUCAACACACCAGCAUUGGAUUUCUCUCAGUUGUUCAAUUUCAUACCAUUAAAUGGUCCUCCUUACAAUCCUCUGUCAGUGGGAAGCCUGGGGAUGAGCUACUCCCAAGAUGAGGCACAUCCUUCUGUCUCCCAGCUGCCCACACAAACACAGGAUCUUCAGGAUCCUGCGAACACUGUGGGUCUUGGUUCUCUGCACUCACUGUCAGCAGCUUUCCCCAGCAGCCUAAGCACGAGCACCACCCUGCCCCGUUUCCACCAGGCAUUUCAGUAAGGUCUGGGUUGAGGGUUUUAUCAGGUGUUUGUGUAGCUCCACCUGCGGUGACCAUUUCUAUCUUAGUGCCUACUUUAAGACAAUACAAAAACUUCUGCUUUGUAUAAUAUCGGGUUUUUAUGAAGCCAGUGAGUGAUAGGAACUAGCCUCUUUGAUAAACUUUAAACCCAUUCAUGUUUAAUUAUGUUUGCUGUUUCUCCUGAUUCACUGCCAGUUAUAGUCUUGGAGUUUUAUUUCAUAUAGAAGCGCCAUUAUCAUCACUAAAUUUUGCAAGUCCUGUGUUCAAAUGACUAUUAGACCUUAAAAUUUUCGUUUUUGUCUAAUAGCAGUGGGCAUUGGACAUGUGGGGCUU